AACAACUGUUCUAUAUUUAUAAUUUACCUGUAUCACAUCCUUUAAUAAAGUCCCAAAGUCACUUUAGUAAUAAUAAAAUUAUAAAAAAAUAGUUAACCCAGAAUUUCUAUUUGUCCUUUGGAUCUAUUUAACCCCAUCAUGGCCUAAUCUUUUUCCUUCCCUCCCUUUCCCUUUUCUCUCUUUUCCUCAAGAGUCUUUCCUUUCAAGCCUCAACUUCAAUCCAACCCCAAAUAUUUUCUCUCUUUGCCACAUUGAUACUAAAAUCUCUUUCUUUUUAAUUUUCUAAUGUAAUUCACAAAUCAUAUCAAUCUUGCUUCUAGUUUAAGGUACAUAAAAAAGACUCAUCAACCAAAAAAAAUAACUAGCUCAAAAAAAUUAAUAUUAAGUUCAUUUUGUUUCUCUCAUAAUUCAUCAUAAUCCUUGAUCUAAAAAAUUAUUCAUUCCAUUAUGGAAAACCAAUUUUUUAUGAAUGUUGGUUUUGAACCUUCACCUCAUUCUUCAAUGCCAACAUGGCAAACAAUUUCCUCAACCAUGGAAAUUCAACAAACAUCAUUGAAUUGUUCAAUUGACCAAACCCAAGAUUGUUUUUUCAACCCAAAUUGGGACAAUAAGUCAACAGACCAAAACCUUAACUUUGAUUCAGCACUUAGUUCAAUUGUCUCUUCCCCUGCAGCUACAUCAUCAUCACCACAAAAUCCCAACAAAAUUUCCAAUGAAAAUUUUGUGAUGAGAGAAUUACUAGGAAAAUUAGGUACUUUUGGUGAGAUCUCACAACAUUCUAAUCUCAACAACAACAUUGUACCAAUGAUGAACUCAUCUGUUCCUGAAUUUUCAGCUGAUCCUGGUUUUGUUCAAAGGGCUGCAAAAUUUUCAUGCUUUGGUAGCAAAAGUUUCAAUGAAAGAAGUAAUCAACAUGUGAUGAUGAACAAUGUUGAUUUACCUCAAAGAUCUGUUAAUUUACUACCAAGAGUUUCAAGUAGUCCUUCACUGAAAAACUUUGGAUCUCAAAUGGGUUACAAAGAGAACAAGAAUUCUCCAUUGCAACAAGAAAAUGAGAGAAUUGAAGUGACUAAUUCACAAGAGGAAUCUACAAUUUCUGAGCAAAAUACACCAAAUGGUGAAAUGGGUGUUAAAGCUUCACUUGAUAUGAAUUCAAGGAAAAGAAAAGCUUCUUCUUCCAAAGGAAAAGCUUCAAACUUUACCAAUCCUACUACCAAGGGUGUUGAAGGUAGUGGUGAAGAUUCAAAUGCAAAGAAAAGCAAGUCAAAUGAAGGUGAAAGAAAUGAAAAUGGUGGCAUGAAUAUGGAGGAAGAGUCCAAAGAAGGUAAAAAUGAUGCAGGGGAAGAGAAACAGAAUAAGAGUAAUUCAAAAGCUCCUGAACCUCAAAAAGAUUACAUUCAUGUCAGAGCAAGAAGAGGUCAAGCUACUGACAGUCAUAGUCUUGCAGAACGUGUUCGGAGGGAGAAAAUAAGCGAGAGGAUGAAGCUUCUCCAAGAUCUUGUACCAGGUUGCAAUAAGGUUACUGGAAAAGCACUUAUGCUUGAUGAAAUUAUAAACUAUGUUCAGUCAUUGCAACGUCAAGUUGAGUUUUUGUCUAUGAAAUUGUCUUCUGUUAACACAAGGAUGGAUUUAAGUAUUGAAAGUCUUGUUCUAUCAAAAGAUAUAUUUCAAUCAAAUAAUUCUUUGCAAAACUCAAUAUUCCAAUUAGAUUCCUCAUCACCAUCCUUUUAUGGGCAACAACCUCAGCAAAACCAAACUAUUGCUACUACAAAUGGGACACACUGCUCAGUGGACCCAUUGGACUCUUCUUUGUGCAUAAAUCUACCUUCCCUAAAUGGAUUUAAUGAAGGUGCCUCUCAGUAUCCAUUAACAUUCUCUGAGGAGGACUUAAACACAAUUGUUCAAAUGGGAUUUGGCCAAACUUCAAACAGGACAACACCAAUACACUCCCCAACUUUCAACGGUUCAAAUCAAGCAACACAAAUGAAAAUUGAGCUCUAAUCACCUUUCAUUAUGCCUGAAUUGAUGCCCAGAGGAAUAAGAAAACUGCUGUACACAACCAAAGAUUUAAUUCCAACAACCCCAUCAUGGAUUAUUAUUAUUAUUAUUAAGCCAUUAUUAAUUAGGUCUAUUCAGUAGAACAUUUUUAGUCUUUUAAGUUAGCCAUUUUUCUUUUUUAAUUUUAUUUUUUCCCUUUAUAUUAUUUCAGUUUCUAAUCUUCUGGGCAAUUUUUUCUCCCUAUUUUACAAUUAUUAUUCAAUGUAAAAUCUUAGGACCGAUUGUAUUCUAUGGUGCAAAUUAUUAUUUAUAUGGCACCAAUGUAAAAUAUAGUACUAAUUAAAGAAGAAGAAAAAAUAUCAACCUUUGCUUUCA